AUGACUUCACAAAUAUCAAAAUGUGGGACAUGCGGCCCAUAUUUCUAUCUUAGAGCAUUCGAACAGCUAAGGAUGGGCGAUGUAUCCGAUAUAAAGGGAUGCAUACGGCUGCUCCAAGUGAUAACUUUGUCAUACAGGCCUCUGAGACUGGAGGAAUUUGCUAGCGUGUCUGGUCUCUCUACUGAAGAGAGCACUCUUGAAGCAUGGGUAGAUCGAUGUGCUUCUUUUCUCAUAAUACGAGGAGAUUGCAUCUAUCUUGUGCAUAAGUCCGCUCAAGACUUCUUGAAAGGAGAGAGUGGUCAAUCUUUACUGGACUCGUACGAGCCUUUUCGGCAUAAAGAAAUUGCUCUUAGCUGUACGCUCAAAGAUGAGGACCUACAUAUCUUGCUAGAUAGUGUGGACUACGCAGCGACUUUCUGGGUGCAGCACCUUUGCGAUGUUCAUCCCACAGACUUAUCACAGAAAGGGCUCAUAGGGGAAGAGAUAGUGAUGGUUUUCUUCCACAAAAAGUUCUUGGAAUGGCUAGAAUGUCUCAGUCUGCUGAACAGACUACCGCAUGCCUUUGAUGGAUUAAAGGCCCUGGAAAACCAAGCAGAAUUAGUAAAUUUGCUCAAGGACAGGCAUCCAGUCUCAAUAUUUGCGCGGGAUGCUAAACGUUUCUUCUUGCGACAUUACCACACCCUUGAAAAGUGGCCAUUACAAGCCUAUAGCUCUGCGAUUAUCUUCAGUCCACAAUCUUGCGUUGUAAGGACAAGUCAUAUUGAUAAGAUGCCUGAAUGGCUGGAAAAGACUCCUUCUAUGGAGAAAACUUGGACAGCUUUGAUUCAGGAAAUAGGCCACACCAGCAGGAUAAGGGAGCUGGCUAUCUCUCCGGAUUGCAAGCGGAUUGUGUCAAGAUGCAUUGAUAGAGAUAUCAAGCUUUGA